CAAUGGCGGAUAUUACUGCGUCGUAGCGUUGUCUUGUUUGAGGUUAGGUGUCAUAAAAAUAUAGGGCAGGGUGUUCUGUGUAAAAUGAUAUAAUAAAUGCAUAUAAAUUAACAAUGGAUAAGUAUUCUCAUAGGAGAGACUAUGAGAGGUCAAGAAAAGACUAUAAAGAUCACGAAAGAUAUAAAGACAGAAUUUCACGUAGGGUUACUGACAGUGAUUAUGAAAGUCGGUCCAGAAGUUCAAAAUCAAGGCAUAAACACUCCAAAAGUUCUAAUGAAAAGUAUAAAAAGUCCAGGCAUAGAGAAUCCUCCGAUUCAUACGAAUCUCACAAAAAAUCUUCGAAACGUAAAAACAAAAAGAGAUCAUCGUCGUCGUCGUCAGUGUCUUCUUCAAAUUCAAGCGAAUCUAGUACCUCAUCCUCGUCUGAUUCUUCCUCAGAUUCUACAAAGCUUUUAGAGAAACUUCAAAAGCAACGUCAGAAACAAAUUGAAGACAAGAAACGUCAAAAAGAACUAAUGAAAGCAACAGAAACUCCGGAAGAAAAGAGAUUACGUCGCUUAAAGAAGAAAGAAGCUAAAGAACGUAAACGUAAAGAAAGAAUGGGUUGGGAUAACGAUUACUUACAUUAUACGAAUACAGAUAAUCCGUUCGGCGAUGGAAAUUUGCUGUCCACGUUUGUAUGGUCUAAGAAACUUGAAAAGGAAGGUUUACUAGGUGUUAGUAGAGAAGCAUUAGAAAUUAGAAAUAGGCAUAAACAAGAGGAGAAUAAAAGAGAGUUAGAGAAAGUUAAGAAAAGGAGACAGGAAAGAGAAUUAGAAAGGCAACAGAGGGAAGAAGAAAUGACAUUGUUGCAAAGAGGAAAAGAAGCUGCCCAGUUGGAACAAUGGGCAAGGCAAGAAGACCAAUUUCAUUUAGAGCAAGCAAGAUUAAGGUCUCGUAUUAGAAUACAGGAUGGUCGCGCGAAACCAAUCGAUCUUCUAGCAAAAUAUAUCAGCGCGGAAGAAGAAGUCGAUGCUGUAGAAAUGCACGAACCUUAUACUUAUUUACGCGGAUUGCACGUGAAAGAUUUAGAAGAUCUUAUCGAAGAUAUUAAAGUUUACAAAGAAUUGGAACGCGGCAAAAACUUAGAUUAUUGGAACGAUAUUACUGUAAUAGUUGAAGAUGAAUUACAUAAAUUGAGAAAAUUAGAAAGAUCAGAGUAUGAAGUGGCUGUUGGUAGAAGAGAAGGAAUACACGAAUCAGUAGCUAAAGAUGUAACUGCUAUUUUCAAAGGAAAAACGGCAGCACAAUUGGAAGCUUUACAGCUACAAAUUGAAGCAAAAAUUACAGGGAAGCCUGAAGGUGUUGACAUAGGAUAUUGGGAAAGUCUUUUGUCGCAGUUAAAAGCGCAUAUGGCUAGAGCACGGUUGAGAGAUCGACAUCAAGAGAAUUUGCGGAAAAAGUUGGAAGUCUUGAUCGCCGAACAAGGCGUGGCUAGAACGGAGAAUGAACCUGAGACUUCGCAAGCGCACAAUGAAGCAACUGGUGAACAGUCGGAGAAACCAGAUGAACCGUCUACCAAUACAGCUACGGAGAAAAGCGAAGAUAGUCAAUCGGACGACGAUCAAGAAGUUACUAACGCGGCUGACGACCUAUUGUCUGAAUCUUUCUGUGAAUAUGAAUCGGGAGGAUAUUCUCCAAAAUAUAUACUUUAUUCUCAACUUGAGCCAGGAACUCUAGUCACUUUAGAAGAAGAUGAUAAUCAGAGAUUAGAGUAUGCGAGAAAUCAAGUGCUUAGUACUGGACGAAAAAUUCAGAACGUAAUGACCGCGGAAGAGCAAGCUAUGCACAGAGAAGCACGUAAAAAUAUGGGUUCCGACGAGGCACAAUUCAGCGUUGAAUCGUCUUUAGAGGCGCAGAUUUAUUUGUGGUCUGACAAGUAUAGACCCAGGAAACCAAGAUAUUUCAAUCGCGUGCAUACUGGUUUUGAGUGGAAUAAAUAUAAUCAAACGCAUUACGACAUGGACAAUCCACCACCGAAAAUUGUCCAAGGUUACAAAUUUAACAUAUUUUAUCCGGAUCUGAUCGACAAAAACACAACGCCCGAGUACUUUUUGUUGAAACGUGGAGUAUCUCUUUACAAUAACCUGGAGCGACCGAAGACCGCGAAUCUCGAGAAACCGAGCGUUCUGGACCCGAAUCUCGUCGACAAACUGGACAUGUCUCUGCUGAGCAAAGAGUUGUUCAGCGAUUCUAUGACGUUGCAUCGCCAUUCGAAAACGAUCAGUGGGGGAACGUCGUCGUUCCCUUCGUCGUCAAGGUGUCGCGAGGACGUCACUGUCAACGGACAACAACAGAGGCCAGCGUCAAACUGUGCACCAACAACGUGGUACCACGGCUUGACAUCGACGCGACACAAACGACGGACGUUCGAGCAGAUUCUGGACGGGAGAUUCGGUCACGUCGACGUUUACGCGGAGUCGCCGAGGAUGCAGAAACAGGCGCGGAUCGUUGGCCAGGAUGCCGCCGCGACGAAGAAGAGCAUCGAUAAUCGGAAACUGGACGAUAACAACAACGGAAACGGCACGAUUGGCUACAAAGUGCCGUCCCUGUCUACGCUGAAGAAGAAGAGCUCAAGACCGAUGAUACAGAAUGAUCUUGAGGUGUUUACAUCCACUUCCACGAGAAGCGCGCCGGAACCGUGCAAAAGUUGCGGCACGCCGAAUCAACCGGAACGAUUUCACAGUCAUCCGAAGAUCAGUCAGCAAAAGAUGAAAGACAGCCCCGCGAAUUCGAAGACGAAAACCCCGAUACCGAAAUCCGUUCAGAAGCCAGUCGCCCUGCACUUCCGUAGCGACAAGAAUAAGAACAAAAUCGAGGAGGUGGACGUUCAGGAAGCGAAGUCGAAAUCGGAUAGUUCGCAAUCGUGCAGACCGUCCUCGGCGCCGGCUAAAAAGGGACCAAGGACCGUCACUUGUUACAUCUGUGGCCGCGAAUUCGGCACCGCCAGCUUUCCCAUUCACGAGCCCAAGUGUAUGCAAAAGUGGGAGCGAGAAAAUAACUCUUUGCCCGCGAACCAAAGACGCCCGCCACCUCAAAGGCCCGACUCCGCGAUCGAUCGAUCGAAAUGGAACGCAGCGGCAUGGGAAGAAAGUCAGGCGCAAUUGGUCCCGUGUUCCAAAUGUGGAAGAACGUUCCUUCCGGAACGGCUGCCGAUACAUCAGAAAAGUUGCAAAGCUCCGCCAAAGAAUCCUGAGACGGAGAGGUCGGAAAACUCUGUUCCGGAAAAGCCAGCGAGCACGUCGCGAUCCGGACCGCCGACGAUCGCAUGCCAGAGUUGUGGCAGAAACUUUGGCACGAAAAGUAUUAAGAUACACGAACCUCAGUGCAUAAAACGAUCUCAAAUCGAGAACGAUAGGCAACCGCGAAGAAAAGACUCGACCGCCCAGCGGAAGUUGGGGUCGACGAGCGUGCAAGAAAUCUCAGUCAGCCCAACAGGGGAGCAACAGAAGAAGACGGUUACAUGCUACAUAUGUGGCAGAGAUUUUGGAUCCACUAGCAUAGCUAUUCACGAGCCACAGUGUCUGAAAAAGUGGCACGUGGAGAACGAGAAAUUGCCAUCUGGCGAAAGAAGAAAAGAGCCGCAGAGGCCCGAGGUUAUCUACACUUGUGAUCCAGGAACAGGAAAUAUGGUAGUAGAUGUGAUGGCAAUGGCUGAGGCUAACUGGAAAUCGCACUUGAAUCAAUUGGUUCCGUGCAAAUAUUGCGGGAGGACUUUUAAUCCUGACCGCGUGAGCGUCCACGAACGGAGCUGUAAGGGGAAUCAUUGAAAUUACAUUGCUCAAAAGAAUUAUAGCCGGGCUGACCCUCUAAUUAUUCUGAGCAGUGUAAAUAAACAGUGUGAUUUUUAUAUCCUUCUAUCGUAAAGUUGCAAAUGCACACGUACACGUAUAUUUCGAAAGAUGUGAAAUUCGUUACACGCGAUGGUAUUCCUUAUACAUUGAAGAAUUUACCAUCUAAUUUGUCGCGACUGAACUUUACAUGUAAUGCAAAUAAUUUCAUCAAACUUUCUCAUAAAUAUGUAGAUUUAUUUGUGUUUCUUUCCAACAGCUUUCUAUAAUGUUUACACUUUUAAUAAGUAAGAUAAUUUCACAGUAUAAUGUGUACAUAGAGAACGAAUGUAAUGUACGUUGCACGAACACUAGUCUCCUUAAAAAUGAGUUUUACAAGAAAACGCACAACCCGUUACUAUUUUCAUAGUCAUCGUAAAAUCGUAUUUAACGUGUCUUUUGUACAACCGUCUGUGUACAACAGACAUAGAGUUGUGAUUGUUAUAUCAGCGUAAUAUUUUGUAUAAGUACAUUGUCGCCUACCAAAAAAUAUUAAAACAACGUU